UCGAACCUUUUCCCCUCUAAGCGCACUACUGCUUCGCGUUGUGGCGUACAUUUUCCGCCAGAAGGCAAUAACAGUGUACAAGUUGUGUGCAUCAUCUAAUGCAUAAAAUGCAGCCGAAUGACUUGAAAAUGUUUACUAUAUUCCUCAGUUGAUGGUGCGAUUUGUAGGUGUCCAAGUGACACGCAUUUUCCCUCCUGAUUCGUUAUCAACGAAAAAUCGCGCGCUACAGGAGAGAGCUUCAGCGCCACGAAAGGGAAGCUUCGCGGAAAAUGGAUUUCGAGUCGGAAGACGACAGUGAGAAGGAGAACGAGGUGUUUAUUGAAAAAGUUUUGCAAACAUGUGAAAACGACUUAACAAUUAAAAUUGAUAGUGUUGAAUGUGAAGCCGGGAGUCGACAGGGCGAUAAUUACAUGUCAUUAAUUAAGCGCGCUGCUGUCCAAGGAAAGUGUCGUGAUUCAGAUUACCAGCGAAAGCUCAUCGUGAAGCGCCAAAUAUCGAGCAUAUCGCGACGUCAACUCUUCCGCUGCGACGAAGCAUUUGCCAAUGAAAUUGCCGCUUACACUCAAGUGCUUCCGCACCUCCGGGACUUCUCGGGCGACCGCUUACCCUACCCCGAAUGCCUGUUCGCCGGCUUCGACGACAGCCAGAAGGAGGUGAUCAUCCUGGAGGACUUGCGGGAGAGCGGCUUCGAGAUGGAGGACCGAUUGAAGGGACUGGACUAUCCGCAUUGCUCCCUCGUGAUGCAAGAGCUGGGCAAUCUGCACGCCAUCUCGCUGGCGAUGAAGGCCACGCAGCCGGAGACGUUCGAGCGCAUGAAGAGGAGCAUAUCGGAGAUUGUGUACUGCCCGGAGGCAAGGGAGGUCAUCUCCAACACCCUCGAGUGCUCUCUGCGCGACACACUCGCGAGCCUGCGGGUGACAAAUGCGAACGGUGACCUGACGGGGGCGAUUGGGCGCAUUGAGCAGCUGCAGGGCAGCAUGUAUGACAUUAUGUCGAGGCACGUCCUGGACAACGAGGACUCAUGGCUGGUGAUCUGUCACGGAGACAUAUGGAUCAAUAAUCUCAUGUUCAGACGCAUCAGAUCACACGUGGAGCAGGUGAAGCUGCUGGAUUUGCAGACAAUGCGAUGCACCUCACCCGUGAUUGAUAUCCUCCACUUUAUCUACACCAGCACAGUGAGGGAUUUCCGUCACGCACAUCUCGAUCAAUUACUCACCGACUAUCAUACAACCCUAAACGCAUCUCUGCGCCACUAUCUCCCACCCCCGGACGACCAGGACACACUCAAUCGCCUGCAGACGCAAUUCUCCCUGGCCAGAAUCAAGCGUGAACUGCAGCGGAAGAUGCUUUAUGGCCUGGGAAACGCCAUGUGGCUCAUGCCGGCCAUCACGUUUCACCCCAAUCGCAUCCCCGAUCUCAAUGCCGUCACAAUGACCGAUUUUGGCAAUACGCAAAUGACCCAAAUGCUCACCCCAGAGUACCACAGGCGCAUCCGGGAGAUGGUCCUGGAGUUCUACGAGCAAGGUCUCCUCCAGGACUUAUGAUAAACACUCAUGGGAGUAGCCAAGAGCAGACCAGUAUGGUAUCGUAUGGUUUAAGUGCGCAAUGAGACGAAGUAUCAAAAGAACACAAGCUUGUAAGGAGUGGAGACUAAAGAUUGGCGAUUUUUUAGAUUGAAAUCAGAAUUCUUCAGACACCAUUUGAAUGUCCUUCUCAUUUUAUCAAAGGAUUAUUUUUCUCACUCCUGAGAAAAUCAUAAAAAAAAACUUAUUCAUUUUUCACCACUUUAAUAGUCUAUUUUCGGGGAAAACGAUGGAAUUGCUUAAAUAAUAAACCCAUUUCCAGAACGUUAAAGUUGAAUCGCAGUAAACCAUACGAUUUUUUCUUUGUGAAAACUGUAGGAGAAACUUGGGCACAUCUUGGCUACGCCCCUUAGAAACAAACAAAUCAACAUCAAAUCAACCUGUGAUUAUUCAAUUCUCUGCCGACCGACGUGCCUCCUGGCCAGUGAUUCUGGCCCCGAGGCGCCAUCAGCACCAACCAAAACAAGCAAAAACAAUACAGUAUUGAGAAUGUUUGUAAAUAAAGAGAAAGACCUGA